AUGAUUAUCACCGGUGAUGAUGCGAAUGGGAUAGUGGAGUUGAAAACGCACUUGACUCAUGAAUUUGAGAUGAAAUAUUUGGGUUCCCUACGAUACUUUUUAGGGAUAGAAGUAGCUUACUCUCCUCGUGGCUAUCUUCUUUCUCAAUCUAAGUACAAUGCUGACAUUCUCGAUCAGGCUCGUCUGUCUGAUGCUCGCACUGUUGAUACCCCUCUUGAGCUUAAUGCCAGGUAUUCUUCAUCUGAUGGUGUUUCCUUUUCAGAUCCCUCUCUAUAUCGCACUGUGGUUGGUAGCUUAGUGUACCUUACUAUCACCAAGCCAGACAUCGCUUAUACAGUUCACAUUGUCAGUCAGAUUGUUGCAUCUCCCACUACCAUUCAUUGGGCAGCUGUGCUUUGA